CGCAUGCGCUACAUGAAAUAGUAUGGCGGCCGCAAUGGAUGUUGAUGACAGUGGUGCUGACGGAGAUUUGGAAGUUCCUGGAGGUUCAGGAGAAAAGGGAGGAAAGAAAAGAUUUGAAGUUAAAAAAUGGAAUGCUGUUGCUUUAUGGGCUUGGGACAUAGUAGUUGAUAACUGUGCUAUCUGCAGAAAUCACAUCAUGGAUCUUUGUAUAGAAUGUCAGGCUAAUCAAGCCUCAGCCACGAGUGAAGAAUGCACAGUAGCAUGGGGAGUUUGCAAUCAUGCAUUCCAUUUUCACUGUAUAUCUCGAUGGCUAAAAACUCGACAAGUGUGUCCAUUGGAUAACAGAGAAUGGGAGUUUCAGAAGUAUGGCCAUUAAAAGAGAUCCAUCCUUAUUUCCAUACAGAGCUGGAGGAAUGUGUCAAUUUUAUUGAAAUGAAAAAUGCAUAAACUCUCAGAAAAAUUACUGUUACUUUAAAAUGCAAAAAUUCUCAUAAAUAGCAUUUUAGAUUAUGUAAAAAUACUAUAAUAAGACCAAGGGUGUCUCUAUGUAUGUUGUAAAUAAGCAGACAUAUUGUACAUGUUUAUGGUAACAUGCCCCUAAAAAGAUAUAUGAAGUGUUUUGUGUACAUGUAUGAUAUGUUUGAAAUUAAUAAACUAUCCAUAAAA